AUGUUAGCCAUAGCCUUAACUUGUUCAGCGUAUGACCACAACUUUGAGAGGAACGUCGCCAUCAAGAAGCUGAGCCGGCCGUUUCAGAAUCAAACUCACGCAAAACGGGCCUACAGAGAACUGGUGCUCAUGAAAUGUGUCAACCACAAGAACAUAAUCGGCCUGUUAAACGUGUUCACGCCACAGAAGACGCUGGAAGAAUUCCAAGAUGUGUAUCUAGUGAUGGAGCUGAUGGAUGCAAACCUGUGCCAGGUGAUUCAGAUGGAGCUUGACCACGAGAGGCUGUCCUACCUGCUCUACCAGAUGCUGUGUGGGAUCAAACACCUACACGCCGCCGGCAUCAUACACAGGGACCUGAAGCCCAGCAACAUUGUGGUGAAGUCUGACUGCACGCUGAAGAUCCUAGACUUUGGCCUGGCCAGGACAGCUGCCACAGGCCUCCUCAUGACUCCCUAUGUUGUCACCCGCUACUACCGUGCACCUGAAGUCAUCCUGGGCAUGGGCUAUCAGGCCAAUGUUGAUGUCUGGUCUGUUGGCUGCAUCAUGGCUGAAAUGGUCCGGGGUAGUGUGUUGUUUCCAGGCACUGAUCGUAUCCUUAAGUUGAACCUCCAUCCAAACCCCAAAAGGCCGUCUUGUCUCAUCCUUUUGUCUGACAUCUUGUUCAUAUCUUUGCACACAAUGGGAAAACCUGCCCAUCUACUGUGCCUGUUCAAUGUGUGAUGGCGUGAUCGUAUUCAGCGGUGACUUUCAUUUGUUUCAGUGACUGAGUUGAAGAGGAAAAGACCUUUUUCAGGGCAGGCAGUUUUAUUAUUAACAGCACUAAUGAUUGCUGUAUUCCAUUAGAAGUCACACAUUAAGCCGCAUUAGUGAGCUAAUGACCACAAUAACAGGUUUAGUUAAUGACACAUGUGGUUUACCUGCUGUCACAUGUAAAAACGUUUGUCAUGAAAACGGUCUCUCCCACUUUUUAAAACCUUUUCUUUGUACAUGAAUGA